AUGAAGAACUAUAUUUCCAUUGGAGUUGCAGCCAUCUUGGCGUCACAAGCAUUGGCUGGUGAUGACGCUUGGCUCAGCCCAGUGUACAAAGAGAUCUUUCAAAAAGAGCUUCCUAUGCCUAAGGAUAAGGUCAAGUCAUACACCUACAGGAACGAGACUACAGGGAAUGAGAUCGACUUCUACGAGGUUGACGUCCAGCCCUUUUUUCAACAAGUCUAUCCUGGGUUGAAGCCUGCUAGACUCGUUGGGUACGAUGGAGUAUCGCCUGGGCCUACUUUCAGGAUGAAGAAAGGUCGAGAGGCCAUUGUUCGUUUCAAGAACCAUGGCGACAAAGCUCUCUCAGUGCAUCUUCACGGUUCUUACAGCCGCGCGCCUUUCGAUGGUUGGGCUGAAGACACUACCAAGCCCGGUCAAUACAAAGACUACUACUACCCCAACAAGCAAAGUGCACGAACAUUAUGGUACCACGACCAUGCCAUUCAUCAUACAGCAGAGAACGCCUACUUCGGACAGGCAGGCUUUUACAUCCUUCACGACCCUGCUGAGGACGCACUGGGACUUCCUUCAGGUUCAUACGAUGUUCCUCUGGCAUUGGCGUCGAAGCAGUAUAACAGCGAUGGCACACUGUUUGACCCCAAAGACGAGACCGAUUCGCUCUGGGGCGAUGUCAUCCACGUCAACGGUCAACCAUGGCCCUACAUGAAGGUAGAGCCCCGGAAGUACCGCUUCAGGGUACUCAAUACAGCCAUCAGCCGUGCAUUCAAGCUCACUCUCGAGGACCCCACUGCCAAAAAAGUCCCUUUUCAUGUCAUCGGCGCGGACACUGGCCUCAUGACCAAGCCGGUGCCAAGCGACAACCUUGAAAUCUCAAUGGCCGAACGCUGGGAGAUCGUGGUCGACUUCAGCUCAUAUGCCGGCAAGAACGUAACGAUGAAGAAUGCUCGCGAUGUACAGGCGGACGAGGACUACAACAGCACUGAUAAGGUUAUGCGGUUCGUCGUCGGUACCUCCGUCUCAAGCACAGCCGGCAAUGGCGCUCUCCCGGGCUCCCUACGCACAGUGCCAUUCCCACCCAAGAAGAGUGGCAUUGACAGGAGGUUCAAGUUUGGACGUACCAAUGGACAAUGGACUGUCAACGGUGUCACCUUCGCCGACGUCAACAACCGCAUUCUUGCGAAGCCACAGCGCGGCGCAGUCGAAGUUUGGGAGCUUGAGAACUCAUCCGGAGGUUGGAGCCAUCCCGUUCACAUCCACCUUGUUGACUUCCAGAUCCUUACGCGCACCGGAGGUAAGCGAAGCGUCCUGAACUACGAAAAGGAGGCCUUGAAGGAUGUCGUUCUGCUCGGUGAGAACGAAAAGGUCACAGUUAUCGCUCGUUACGCCCCUUAUGAUGGUGUAUACAUGUUCCACUGCCACAAUCUCAUUCACGAAGACCAUGACAUGAUGGCAGCUUUCAACGUCACCAGCCUCGCUAAUUUCGGCUACCCCGAGACAACAAAGUUCAUCGACCCGAUGGAGGAGAAGUACCGAUCCAAGGAUAUCAACGACCAUGACGACGAGUUAGAACACAUCUAUGAGAAGUGCGGUGAGCUUGAAGCUCUAGAGGCCUAUACCGAACCUGACAAGGUAGAAGAGGCUCUUGUGGAGUACUGGGACAACGGAGGAAAGGGACCUAGCACACUAGUUACCAGCACUCGACCAGCUUCUUCUUCGUCUUCUUCCGUGGCGACUGCUUCUUCCACGACGCUGCAGAUGACCACUUCAACUCCUACUGCGGCUAAGGCCAGUUCUUCUUCAGCCAAAAUAACUUCAGCGCCCAAGACGACGAGUUCAAGUACGAAGAAGGAUGACAAGAAGACAUCAACUUCGUCUACCAGGAGGAGAUAA